AUGAUAACAAUGCGCGCCCUCGUGCGCACAAGGCCUGGCGACCCGGACGUACCGCAAGUCAAGUCAGACUACCCAACACCAAGCCCUAAGAAAGAACACAUACUCGUACAAGUCAAAUGUUGUGGGCUCAAUCGCUCCGAAUUGCGUUCUCGCGCUGGAGAUCCACAUGCUCGGGGCGAGUUCACUAGUGAUGAGGUGUUUACCGAUAUGCCGCCUGCUAUCCACGGUGAAGAAUAUGUUCGUAUUGUCGUCGACAACGGGUUUGCAUGCACAUCACAGUAUAGACUAGUGUGUGUUACAGGUGUUCUGACAAAGGUGUGGGCCUUAAAGGAAUGGGCCCCAGCGGACGGCAUCGAAAGCGGAAAGAAGAUUAUAUCGUAUCAAAGUCCGAAGGAUAAGUAUCACGACGGCCUAGGGCAAACGCUGAAUGAAAUCGUAGAAGCUGUAGAGGAUGGAUCAAUAGCAAUAGACAGGUUCAAUGGAAAAACCCUGGAAGAACCGGAAGGCAUCGCUGAGGGACACAGACUGAUGGAGGAGGUCGAAGGAAGGGUGGUCGUGAAACUGUGA